CGAUGGGAGGAGAAUCGGCUCUGAAGACUUUUCUUUUGGGGAUUUUGGGACUUCUUCUUCAUGUGUCGCUAAACCACAGGAGAGAAGACACCUCGAGCGACUCAAAACACUUUAAACAACAAGAAAGAAACAACGAUCUCUUUAUUUCCUUCAGGAUUUAAUGCAAGUUUUCCCCGUGCGUAAAGACGACACUUCAACUAUGAGCUUUCUAUUGGGAGCGUGGGACUUUUUAUGACGUUUUUUUUUACACGUUUCAGUGUACAGUGGGAACUCUUUUACGUGUUUUUUCGUAAAACCACGGAACAAAGCAACAAAUACUCUUGCGAUGACGACCUGGAAAACUUCAGACAUGAAUGCGUUGGUUGUCUGCGCGCUGCUACUUAUAAAAGUUGCUCUUGGAGAUGCCUGUGCCAGUGGUGAGCUUACUGACUCGGGUCAGUGUUGCAGUCUGUGCCCGGCUGGAUACGGAGUCUCAGUGAAAUGCGGGAAAGAAGAUACAAAGUGCCAACCAUGUCCAGAGGGUACGUUUUCUUCAUCCGAUAAUCUCGAACCUUGUCUCCCGUGCACCAAAUGUCCCUCCAGCAUCCCGACUGUGGUCUGCUCCGCCACUCAAGACACUCAGUGCGACUGCGACAGCGGCUACUUCCUGUUACGGAGCUACGGUCUGUGCGCGCCUUGCUCCAAAUGUUCCCGUGGGGAGGGUGUCGUUCGGGAGUGUGGACCCCAGGGUGACACCGAAUGCAAGACGUGCAGCCCGGGGACCUUUAUAGAGGACAGCACGGGAACCAAGCCAUGUCAAAACUGUACCACAUGCUCUGAGAACGAGGUGCAGAUCCGGGCCUGCUUGCCUGUUUCGGACACUCUGUGCAUGGACAGAAAGUUGCACAUUUUAUCCCGCCCUGAGUCAGACGCACCUCGCAGACCGAGUUUGAAUGAAGUAAUCGAUGAGGAGGAUGUCAGCCAAGCCCCUGGGUCGCCUAAGUUCACCCCACAAGAAGAGAGCAACAGCAGCUACAACAUUCUGGUGUAUGUGUCCGUCCUGGCUGCCGUGGUGUUGGGUCUGCUGGUCUACGUGGCUUAUAAAUGCUGGAGGACAUGUAAGCAGAAGAAGGCGCUGACCAAAGCCCGUGCUGCAGAAAUGGGGACAUCCACCGAGGCAGAGAAGCUCCAGAGUGACAGUGGAGUGUUUCUGGAUUCACACAGCAUCAUGGACAACCUGCCCAGCAAAGGCACAAAGAGGGACAGCAAACUGGACAACCGGCUGUACGUGAACCUACCUCCGCACAGACAGGAGGAGCUAGAGAGCCUGCUGCAGGAGGGAGGGCCAGGCUGGAGGGAGCUGGGGGUGGCCCUGGGGUACGAGAGUGACCAACUGGAGCUGUUUGGACGAGGAGAAGCCCCCGCCCACACGCUCCUCUCCAACUGGUCCCAGAAGGAGGGCUCCACCCUGGGUCUCCUGAGCUCGGCUUUGGCCCGAAUUGAAAGAGCGGAUGUGGUGACUGCACUGAUGACGCCUUCGCAGGGAGUGUCAGUGGUCUAACGUGGUGGUGGUCCUCAAACUUUUCACACCAAGUACCACCUAAGAUCAUAUUUGGCCCUCCAAGUACCACCAGAUCUAAACCUGGACUUUGUCAGGUCUGAAUUAGGGCUAAACCAAAAGACUAGGCUGUGGAUAUAGUAGUUCUAAAUGAUUAACCCAAAGGAGGAGAAAAGCUUUAAUAGAUUAGUUUCUAAAUGAAAUCAAUACUCAAACUGCAGAGGACCCGCGUGCCACCAGAGGAAGCCCACGUGUACGACCAGUUGUACAUGUGCCACAGUUUGAGAAACACUGGUCUAAUCUCACAGAAAGAGAGCGAGAAGAGACUGAACUGCACUGACAGGAGGCACUAUACCUGUCGCUAAAAGACAACAUCUUUAGACAAACUGUAAAGGAAAUACAGUUUAAAGAAACACUGCCUGAACUAUACAA